CCCAGCGCGCACGCGCUGCGCUUCGGCUCGCUGCUGAAGUUGAUGUUAGCCAUGGAAACCGGGAGCGGUCCUGGAGGCCCAGCGGUGAGCUGGUGGUGGGAGUGCUGCAGCCUCUUGGCCUCCUCCGGCGGGAAACCAAGGAUAUGCAGUCUCCAGGAUGCCUCCGCGCCGCCUCUCACCUCCGGUGACUCGAGCAGAGAGAGAAAGAAGAGGUAGGCCAGGGACUUCUGCCACUGCACUCCAGAUGCAUGCAACAGUAGCAGAAUCAAACUUGGGUCUCUAGACUUUGCAGGUCCUGCUGGUUAUGAAAGAAGAUGUGACCUUAAGAAUAAUUCUCAUUGAGAAGUAUGAGUCCAGAUGUGCCUCUGCUGAAUGAUUACAAGCAGGACUUCCUUCUGAAGCGCUUUCCUCAGACUGUUCUUGGAGGCCCUCGACUCAAAUUAGGCUACUGUGCCCCUCCUUACAUCUAUGUGAAUCAGAUUAUCCUUUUUCUGAUGCCAUGGAUUUUAGGUGGAAUAGGAACCCUUUUGUACCAACUCGACAUCCUGAAAGACUAUCAUACAGCAGCUCUGUCAGGAGGACUUAUGGUUCUCACUGCAUCUGUCAUCCAGGGCACAAGUCUGUAUGCCAAAGGCAAAUCAGUGAUAGUACAAAGGAUGCUGGCCACAGAUAUUCUAGCAGAGGAAGACAAGCAUGAGUUUACAAGUUGUGCUAGUGCGGAAACAGUCAGAUUUCUAAUUCCUGGCAAGAAGUAUGUAGCUAAUACAGUUUUUCAUUCUGUUCUUGCUGGGCUAGUAUGUGGUCUGGGAACAUGGUACCUGCUUCCAAACAGAAUAACCUUGCUCUAUGGCAGUCCAGGAGGUACUGUCAUAUUGUUCAUCCUUGGAUGGAUGACACUGUGUAUAGGAGAGUAUUCACUGAUUGUCAACACGGCUACAGAAACUGCAACUUUCCAGACCCAAGACACUUAUGAAAUCACUCCUCUCAUGAGACCUCUUUAUAUUGUUUUCUUUGUUUCUGUGGAUCUUGCACACAGAUUCCUUGUAACUGUACCAGCUCUAGAACAAAUGAAUCAGAUUUUACACGUCUUAUUUAUAUUUUUACCUUUCCUGUGGGCACUUGGGACUCUUCCCCCACCAGAUGCACUUUUCUUAUGGGCAGUGGAGCAGGUUUUAGUGUUUGGCCUUGGAGGCUCAACCAUGUCAACUCAUUUACGGCUAGUGGUAAUGUUCGUCAUUUCUGCUGCAACAGCUGUAAUAUCAUAUUUCAUCCCCAGCACUAUUGGUGUGGUUCUUUUCAUGACUGGACUUGGGUUCUUGCUAAGUCUUAACCUAAGUGACAUGUGUUUUGUCUUCAAGCACAGUGUGACCAGAUGCAGAGCAAGCACCAAGUCUAAGGCUUUACCCAGUGAUUCAGAAAAACAGUUCACAUGGAAGGAAUGUCUUGUGUGCAUCAUUAUGUUAGGCUUGGCACUCUUGGAAACUGGCCUGCUGCAUCAGUAUGCUGUUUUCUCUCAGGUGUCCAGGAGCAGCUCACAGGCAAUUGUUGGCUGUAUUUUGAUGCUGUUACUCUUAAUACUAUGUAUACUCAGAGAAAUUCAAAGCAUCUAUAUCUUUGGACUUUUCCGGAAUCCUUUGUACCCAAAGGAUGUACAAGCUGUGACUGUGUUCUUGGAGAAGCAAGCCAAGCUUCUGAAGAUUGGUGUUCUCAGGCGCAUCCUACUAACUCUAGUGACACCUUUUGCAAUGAUGGCGUUUCUCUCACUGGAUAGUGCUUUACAAGGGCUCCACUCUGUAUCUGUCUCCAUUGGAUUCACAAGAGCUUUUAGAAUGGUAUGGCAGAAUACAGAAAAUGCUUUAUUAGAGACUGUUAUUGUGUCAGUGGCACACUUGUUGAUCUCCAAUACAGACUCAUGGUGGAACAGAAGUCUUGAUACAGGAAUCAGACUCUUACUUGUUGGUAUCAUUUGUGAUCGUCUGAUUCAACUCAUGUCUAAAUUGCAGUUUGCUAUAACUAUACUUGUGGCAUCAUGGACAGAAAAAAAACAACAUCGCAAAACAACUACCACUUUAUGUCUACUCAACCUUAUCUUCUCUCCAUUUACAUUGGUCAUCAUCGUUUUUUCCACACUACUGUCUUCUCCUUUACUCCCGCUCUUCACCCUUCCUGUGUUCUUGGUGGGAUUUCCCCGUCCUGUUCAGAGCUGGCCAGGAGCCGUGGGCACUGCAGCCUCGGCGUGUGCGGAUUCCGUGUACUACUACCAGACGGUGCCCAGGCUGACUGCCGCGCUGCAGACCGCAAUGGCAGCUGGAAGUUUAGGUCUCCUCUUACCUGGGUCUCAUUACUUGGGCCGAUUUCAGGAUCGUUUAAUAUGGAUAAUGGUUCUAGAGCAUGGCUAUACUUACUGCUGUGUUAACAUUAAGGGAUUAGAAUUGCAAGAGACAUCCUGUCAUACUGCUGAGGCCCAAAGAGUCGAUGAAGUGUUUGAGAGUGCUUUUGAGCAAGAAGAAAAUGUAAAGCUAUAUUCCCUUAACAAACACUUUGGAAAUGUCUUGACACCUUGUACUGUUUUGCCUGUGAGACUCUAUUCUGAUGCCAGGAGUGUCCUGUCCGGCAUAAUUGAUUCUCACGAACACUUAAAAGAAUUUAAAGAUGAUCUUAUCAAAGUACUUGUGUGGAUACUUGUUCAGUACUGCUCUAAAAGGCCUUGUAGGCCGGAACAUGUUGACAGCUCGGAAAACAAAGAAAGAACUCCUGUAAUAAUCCUGCCUGCUUUGAAUUCUCUGCCUCCUCCCACACCCGUGGAAGACACACACAGUUUAAACUCACUCGCUUCUGAUGACUGGUCUGACGGUAGUAUUUUUGAUGAUGCGCCAACUAUCAACAGGGGAAAAGAAGAACAAAUUCAGUUCAACUAUUUAGCAAGUACAAAUUUGCCUAUUCCAGGAUCGGUAGACUCCUGGAGGGUUGAUGAUCAUUCUACAGGCACAGUACUUGAAAAUGAUUUUUACAGAACAGUUCUGUUGGGAUACCCUGCUGUUGACAAAGGAAAACAAGAAGAUGUAGUGUACAUCCCCCUCGUGGAGUUCAGCUGUUCGCAGUCUCGCUUCCUGAGCUUACCUGAGGAGUGGAGGUCUGCCUGUGUGCCUGUUUCCAAAAUGAAAGAGAUGAGCUCCUUAUUUCCAGAAGACUGGUACCGAUUUGUCUUAAAGCAGUUGGAAUGUUUUCCCUCAGAAGAAAAGUCUUCAAGUGUUCUGGAAGAAAUUGCAAAGGAUAAAAGUUUAAAAGACUUGUAUGUUCACACAGUAAUGACUUGUUAUGUCAGUCUAUUUGGAAUAGACAAUAUGGCUCCUACUCCAGCUCACAUACAGAGAGUUUACAAUGGUAUUUUGCCCUGGUCUAGUGCCUUGGAUUGGCUCACAGAAAAACCAGAACUAUUCCAACUAGCUCUGAAAGCAUUCAGGUAUACUCUGAAGCUAAUGAUUGAUAAAGCAAGCUUGGGUCGAGUAGAAGACUUUAAGGAGCUGAGCACCUGCCUAAAAGAGUACGAUAGUGACUGGUACAUUGGCUUAGUGUCUGAUGAGAAGUGGAAGGAGGCAGUUUUAGAAGAAAAGCCAUGCUUGUUCUCCCUGGGGUAUGAUCCUAAUAUGGGUGUGUACACAGGGCGAGUUCUGACCCUUCAGGAGCUGAUGGUGCAUGUGGGGAAGUUGAAUGCUGAAGCCGUCAGAGGCCAGUGGGCCAAUCUCUCGUGGGAGCUGCUCUAUGCCACCAACGAUGAUGAGGAACGUUACAGUAUCCAAGCCCACCCGCUGCUCUUAAGAAACCUUACAGUACAAGCCGCUGACCCUCCCCUGGGAUAUCCAAUCUUCUCUUCCAAACCUCUCACUGUCCGUUUGUGCUAGCGUCCAUUUUCACUGUAAAUGCAAGGAGAUCUGAGGACAAGAGACAGUGGAGCUCUGGAAACUUCACAGAUGUCCUUCUUGCCUGAAAACACUCAGCACCUUACGGUCGAUCUCCUAAAAGAACAGCUUAGCUUUAUGUCCAACAUAAAGUUUAGAAUUAGGUGGCCAAUAUUUGUGCUCUGUGAAUUGUGGUAGGCUUUGAUAGAUACAAUAAAACAUUUGUAUAAGAUUAGAUAAGAAAUUUUUCACUGCUUUGUUAAAUGUUUGGUAGGUGAUUUGUCUUACAAACCUCAACAGCAAUGUGUUUACAUACUUAAAAGAUAUAUAUCAAUGUUCAUAAAUAAUAAUGGAUCCUUUUAAAGUCAGCAUGAUAUGUACAUAUAUUUAUUUGAAAUAUUAAUUUUUUUAGUGUUUUCAAAUGUUGUAGUUUUAUUUUAAUAGUAACAGUCUGAGUAUUUCCUUAUGUAUUCAUUUAUUCCAUACACUUCAAUUCAGAAGACUUAUAAUGCAGUCUGUCCAAGAAAAUCUCACUCCUCUUUCCAGUAUUCUUUGGCAUCUAUGAAAAAAGCAGGGCUUGUUCCCUGCACACAGGGUAAGCAGCGUUAGAAUGUUGUGUGACUGCUGGAGGGCAUUCCGUUCACCUCACUCUAGGCAAUUCUUCCGCCCAAGUCUACACUGAACCCUGGCUUGUCCACUCGGUACUUGCCUCAGAUCAGUGGUGUCAAGACCGAAGGUAGAGGGCAUUUUCAUGUACUGAGCAGAAGGUUAAUUGACACCAAAUCUGUACUAUUUCAGACAUGAAAUUCCUCUGUUCCCUAUUUCCAACUAAAUUUUCAGGAGGCUAGCACAUUAGUGUUGUGAUCCAUUCUUUUUAGAAGCAAUUGAAAUUGUUUCAGUGUACCAGUUAUAGUUUAUUAUUUGCUCAUUGAUGUUGCAUAUGGACCCAUUUACUCCAGAAAUGUAAAAAAAUCAUUUUUGCACUAAUUUUCAGUUAAAAAUUUAUGAAAUUUCUGAUUAACCUUUUUGUGGCACUGUAAUAUAGUUAUUAAAAUACAGUUUUAUAUUACAUCUGAGUUUAUAUAAAAAUAUGGUUUACAUCAUGAGAUUCUUAGCCAGAAGUUAUAUCUUCUCAUAUAGAAAAAUUUUCACAUGUCAUUAGAAAUUAUAAUGAUCAGGAUUAUUUUUGCAUGUGUAUGGUGUGUAUGCAUGUUCAUAUGCAUGUGGGUGCACAUGUCAGGAGACACACAUGCACGUGUGUGCAC